ACGAGUUCGAUUUGGCACUACUUCCCCACUUAUCUUAUCUUAACUACUAUAUACUUAGAUUCCAUUGACUUUGCAUUGGUAUUGGUUGAUAUCUUUUGAGCAAUUUAGCAGACUUCAGUUUAUUUUUUUCUUCACGAAAAAGACGAAUUCUUGGCGUAAAGCCACGUCAAUUCGGGUACAAGAAAGAUUCGUCGUUUUAUACUAAACGACUUUCAUGGCAUAUCACAAACCGCCACGUACGCAAAGGAAGAUGUGAGCAAUGUAGAAGAUCGUGCAUUGCGUCAGUUUAUAAAUUACGACGCUGACACAAAGUAUGCUGAAAAUGUCAUUCGAGGGGAAAUAUAAUAUAAAAAGUCCAGCCGUCAAAAGAUUGAUGCGAGAAGCUCAAGAACUUCAUGAAGCGACGGAAGAGUAUUGCGCAUAUCCCUUAGAUGAUAAUCUUUUUGAAUGGCAUUUUACGAUACAGGGACCUCCUUCUACCGAUUUUGAAGGAGGCGUUUACCAUGGAAGAAUAUUAUUACCACCAGAAUAUCCUAUGAAACCUCCAAAUAUUAUUUUGUUAACUCCAAAUGGUCGUUUUAAGAUUAAUAAAAAAAUUUGUCUAAGUAUCUCUGAUUAUCAUCCUGAAACUUGGCAACCGUCAUGGAGUAUUAGAACAGCCUUGCUAGCAUUAAUUGCUUUUAUGCCUACACCUGGCAAUGGAACAAUUGGAUCUUUAGAUUACAGUAUUGAAGAAAGACAAAAGCUAGUUAAAAAAUCAUUGGAUUGGCAAUGUGAGAAUUGUGGAAAAGUGGUGAACCUAUUAUCCAAAAAUACAGCAAAGAAACCUAUUACGGAAGAGGAACAAAAUAUGUUGGAUACAAUAGCUCUGAAGGUCGAUGAUACACCCUCACCUGAAACAAGUUUUGCGGAGAAUGCGAACAAUGUUACUGGAAAUGAAUUGAGACGUCGUACGGAAACAACUUUCAGUGAAACGCAAGAAACUCAAUCAUCUAUGCAUUUAAAUCCUCAAGUAGAAACAAUGUCUUCUUCGAAUGAUCUAUUUUGGAGUAUUCUAAUAGCAAUUUUAGCAUCAGCGAUUAUUCUACUUGUUUUGCGACGACUCUUUCUUGUAUAAAUAAUUUUGCUAUAUAUAAAACACGCAUUACAAUUGUAAGUAUGUUAACAAAACAAAGGUAAAUUUUAUACACAUUUGAUGAAUAGCAUUUUUAAAUAUAGAAUGAAAACUUUAUACACAUUCACACAUUAGUAUAUUCGCUUUAAAAAUCAAUACACACAUACACGCAUAAACACGGAUCUAUAUUUAUUCUUACUAAUUAAAAUUUAAAUUGUUGCUUAUUAUCCAAAUUACAUAUUUGCUUCAAUAUUUAUAAUAAUUUGUAAUUGUGUUAUUAUUAUUAUUAUUAUUAUUAUUAUUAUUAUUAUUAUCAUUAGCAUUAUCAUUAUCAAAAAUUGGCUAUUUUAUUUCUAGUCUUUUAAAUUUUAGCAAUCAUAUUCAAAAAAUGGAUACUGGAUGAAAAUAUACUUUCCAUAUAUUAAAUGCAUUCUUAGUUGAAAUGUUAUUUUCUGAUAAAUAGUUCAUCAUUUAUACUUAACAUUUCACUAAAACAUUACAUGCAUAGUUCAUUAAAAUUGGAAAAUGUAGAUACGAACAGUAUUUAAUUUGGUUGCACUUUCAAAUUGACAUUGUGGAGUCUUUAACAUUGGCUAAUGAUUGAAUAACUAUGGAAUCCUAUUCACUGAUAUAUAACACAUGAUAUUAAUAAACAAUCUGUAUAUGUGUGCAUACUUAUAUUCAGAGUGAAAUAUAGAACUGAAAUCACUCAAUAUUUUUUAUUGAGUUACUUGCAGUUAUAUAUAUAUCACUUUGCAUUUAUAAUACUGUAACUGUGUAGUGUUAUUCCUGUGUAGUGUAACUUACAAAUGAAAUGCUUCGUUGUUGUUAAAAAAAAAAAAAAAGAAAAAAGGAAGAGAGAAAAAAAUAAUAAAAAAGAAAAAGAAUACAAAUAAAGCUAAUGAUAAAGAAGAUAUAGAAGAUGAAUCAUAAAAUGUAUGAUAUAUCUUCUAUUAUCCUAUGUAUAUAUGAAAAAAAGAAAAAUCAAAGGGAAUAUGUUAUUGCAUAAUUAACUAUUUGCAUAUAAACAUAUUUGUUAAAUAUUUAACGAGUAUUUUAGAAGUAAAACUAUUGAGAACAUUAAACCUUUCCUUCACAUGUAAUAUUUGAAUAUCACUAUGUUAGAAAAAGAUUAAUAGUUCAAGUACGUGACACUUAGGAUAUAUGAUAAAGAUAUAAUGCACAUUCUCAUCACACUAAUUAUAAUUAGUAUAAUUUUUAUUUUGGCACACUGUAUCUUGGUAAUUGAAAAAAUUAGAGCAAAUUACUAAGUAAAGAAACUCAACCUCUCAAAAAAUAAAUAAAUUGCAAAUACAUUA